UAUCACAAACACAGUUUCCUUUAGUUUCAUUUCAAGGAAAAAUGGGAAUCAGCCCACAAUGCUGGCCCAUUAAGAACAAGACAUUUGUUUAUUUUUGCCGAGGCAUACACAGAAGGCCGAAGAAACCAAGACUGCGAUCCCAAGAGUUUCAGUCCCACAAUAAUUACAUAAGUCACUCGUACGCCUUUUUCCACGUGGAAAACGAUUCCCGAGCGUUCUUCAUUACGAUUGGGAGAAGCCGACUUAACCAUCUAGAUUCAUUUCUGGUGGAUGAAACAGGUGAAUUCAUUCGAAAUGGGACACCAGUGUACGAUUACUACACGGGUUUUGACUGCGUCUACGAAAGGAUUCAUUUUUUAGAGGGGCUUCUCAAAGAAUGCUUGACUGAGCAAAAUUCCACGCAAAGGAUCAGCACAAAUCCCGAAUUGAUGGUUUUACACUUUCCUGAAACGAAGGCUCCAACCUACCAUGAUGUGUCCAUUGGAAAUAGCACCCUUUCCUUGAAUUGGGUUAUCUGGCUUUUGGGAUUAGUUAUACUUAUUUGCUGCUGCCUGAAAUAAACCGAUAUGCACAACACAAGCCUUAACAUUUUAUGUACUUUGCGUUUUUAUUGAGUUUUUAUAUGUAUAAAACAAUAUCUACUCUUUCUUUAA